AUGUCGAGCACCGUUUUGACGGUGAGCUACAACCAUCACCGGCUAAAGGUGCCAUAUGGUCCAUCGACAGUAUUAAAAGACGUACGAGAUCAAGUGUGCCUGUCACUGGGACUUGAUUCUAGUCAUUACUGGUUGAAGCACUCGAAAAAACCGUUGGAUCUUACGCUGCCGUUCAGGUAUUCGAAUUUAGUCGAUAACGCGCACAUUGAUCUGGUAAAACUGGCUGUUGCUACUGGAUCUAUUCGGGUAAAAGUACGUGUUCCUGGCAAACCCGACUUUGUAGGAACGUUCGAUGCUAGUGAAAAUUUAGAGGCAGUGGCCAAAGCUGCUGGCGUCAAUGAAUUGGCAUUAGCAGGCCAGCCAGUCUCUGGUAUCUUGGGUAGUGUGGCAAAUGGGUCGGUUCUAUUCACUGGCCGUGCUUCCACAAUGGCAAACAUUUCUCAAAAGCCUCAACCGUCCGCCAAAAUUGACAAGGCUGUCCCCAAAGCCGCUACAGGUGGCCAAUCGAUCCCUGAACGCAAACCAACGGUCCAAUCCCCUGAAAACAUAGUCCAGGGGUCUCCUCAAGGAAACAGUGCUCGCCAAUUUCAAGUCAUCAUGCCAACCACUCUAGCGGUCACAGCAGACGAUGAGCCAGAACUUACAGAGUCCCAAUUUAGGAUGUACCACAAAUACCUCCGUGAUCAAGCAGGCUCGAGGCCGAUGAUCAGUAAGUCGACAAAGGAGCGGCUAGCCCAAGAACGACUCAAUUCAACCCCUAUUACUGUACGAGUACGUCUGCCAGACCGGACGAACUUACAAGCUGUUUUCACCAGUGAUGAGUCGACCGAUGUGAUUUACGAUUUUGUUCGUAGCCACCUUCGCGAUCCAUUGCAGGAAUUUUAUUUAACUGCUGUCGAAACACCCGGGAAAAUUGAACUCGCUAAAUCAUUAGUUCAUGACUACAAGCUCGGUAGCCGGGUGCUUUUGAUUUUUAAAUGGGCCCAUCCACCCACUUCUGAAUCUCCUGUUUUGAGCGACGCUGUCUUGAAGCUCCAUAGCCAACCGGCUGUUAGCAGAGAAGAUCCAAAGAAAACAAACGAGUCUCAAGGAACUCAAUCUCCAAAGCAAGACCCAAAACAAGAGCUGAAGCAAGGCUCAAAGCACAAGAGUGUACCAAAAUGGCUAAAAUUGCAUAAAUAA